UUGAAUGUGUGUCAUAAACCCAUAUGUUCAUCUCCGACAUGUGGUUUCAAUCCCUUUGAAUAUUAUGAUACUUUGUUUAAAUAAUAAACCGUGUUUGUGAAUUACUUUUUAUUCUUGACAAUUUAUUUCGUAAAUAUUCAAAAACUGAAGGAAUAAUGGCGCCACCGACAAAAAGUACGAAAACCGCAACAAAGGGAGCAAAGCAAAUAGUGGAAGAAAAUGUUUCGACGUUAAAAUUUUAUAUGUGUAUGAUUGCCAUUGCAGUAGGAAUUUAUUUAACAAUUAUGAUGAUAUUUUUCGAAUUCACAACAUUAGCAAUUACACUUAGUCUUUUAUCUGGAAUCGUGUACAUAGGAUGUUAUCAUUUCAUGUCAUAUAUGGCACAAGCGAAAUAUUCCGAAACGGGACAAUUACUCGACUCUGGAGUUGAUCUCAACAUGGAAGGAGGAAUCGCAGAGCAUGUGAAAGACAUGAUUAUCCUUACUUCAAUCGUACAAAUACUUUCCCUCAUCUCAAAUUACUUUUGGCUGCUAUUAACUCUGGCACCACUUCGAGGAUUGUGGAUGCUUUGGGCGAAUAUCAUAUCCCCGUGGAUUUUUGCAGCACCUCAAGCACCAACGGAAAUGGAUGAAAAGAAGCAGAAAAAACUCGAGAGGAAAAUGGCAAGACGUCAUUAAAAAAAAAGAAAAAACAAUGCAACUCACACACGGGCAUGUAUUAAACACUUUUUUUUAUUUUUUAUUACUUUUUAUCAUCUCUUCGUCUUCUAUUUUGAUAUGAAAAUUCAUAAAAGAAAAAUAUCUGUGAUCUAAUUAGUAGAUGCAUAUUUACUUUGCAUUUUUGUGCCACAAAUUUUUUGUUAAGAAAAAGAAAAACAAAAAUUUGUGAAUGAAUUUUCACAAAUUAGGUGAAUAUUAAUUUUUAAUUAUCAACUUUUUUUUUUAAUAAUUGGGAGAUUUAUCUCAGGGGUUUUUUAGAAAUAGCUUUGAAUUUUGUUAUACGUGCGUUUAGUUUGUUGCUAUUAAUAAGAAAAAAGUAAAUUACAAUGAUAAAAGUUAAUUGUAAAAUAUAAAUUAAAUUAUAUAAAUGAAAUUGAAAUUAGUAUAAUUCGUUUUUUUAUAA